AUGGCAUCUUCCAAGCUCAUCGCCGGCCUCUUCCUCGCCCUGGCUCUCCUGGUCGCCAACACGCCGCAGCCCUCAGGUGCCACCAGGGCCGAGCCCACCCCGUCGCCGGCGCCGUCAUCGAGCCUGUCAGAGCCGCCGGCGACACCGUACUGCAUCUCGUGGUUCAUGGUGCUGACCCCGUGCAUGGACUUCCUCACCGACGCCAGCGUGGCCGAGCCCUCGAGCGGGUGCUGCAAGGGCCUCGAGUGGGUCGUCGACGCCGCGCCCAUGUGCCUGUGCUACGCCAGGAACGGGGAGAUCGACAACCUCAUGCCGGCGAACACGGAUUUCAGCCGCGUCGCCGACCUGCCGUCGACCUGUGGCGUCACGUUGCCAGUGGAAGCACUUUCCGAGUGCGAGACUGAACCGGUGCCACCGUUGAUACCUCCUAGUCCUCCUGCCGCAUAG